CACUCACUCCGUGCUGCAGCACAACCCAAUCCUCUCCUUCUCCUCUCCUCUCCUCUCGCUCCUUCCUCCCCCUCAACAUCUCACGCUCAUCCUCCAGAGUUUCUCUCCUCAAUCCACCUCUGGGCACGCACAGCCACGUAGGUACCUUGCAAUCCAGAGCUUGCCGGCCACCGCCAUGGCCGCCGUGACCGCCGCGGCCGUGACACUGUCCUCCUCCUCCCCUGCCAAGGCUGCUGCACCGUCCCCGUCAUGCAGCCACUUCCUGGCAUACCCGCGCAACGCCCGGGCGGUGCGGGUGCGGGUGCAGGUGUCGACGACAGAGACGGCUGAGGCGGCUCCAGCGCCGGCGAAGAAGGAGAAGAUCUCCAAGAAGCAGGACGAAGGGGUGGCGACCAACACGUACAGGCCCAAGGAGCCGUACGUCGGCCGGUGCCUGCUCAACACCAGGAUCACCGGCGACGACGCGCCCGGGGAAACAUGGCACAUGGUCUUCACCACCGAAGGUACCCUGCCUCUACUCUGUAAUUGCAAGCUCCCAUACAGAGAAGGGCAGUCCAUCGGCGUGAUCGCUGACGGCGUCGACAAGAACGGCAAGCCACACAAGCUCAGGCUCUACUCCAUCGCCAGCAGCGCCAUUGGCGAUUUCGGCGACUCCAAGACGGUGUCGCUUUGCGUCAAGAGGCUAGUUUACACCAAUGAUCAAGGGGAGAUCGUCAAAGGAGUCUGCUCAAACUUCUUAUGUGACCUGAAGGCAGGCUCUGAAGUGAAGAUCACAGGGCCAGUUGGUAAGGAGAUGCUCAUGCCCAAGGACCCCAAUGCAACUAUCAUUAUGCUCGCGACGGGUACCGGAAUUGCUCCCUUCCGCUCCUUCUUGUGGAAGAUGUUCUUCGAGGAGCACGAGGACUACAAGUUCAACGGUCUGGCAUGGCUCUUCUUGGGAGUUCCUACAAGCAGCACUCUGCUGUACAAGGAGGAGCUGGAGAAGAUGAAGGAGAUUGCGCCGGAGAAGUUCCGGCUGGACUUCGCGGUGAGCCGGGAGCAGACGAACGCGGCCGGGGAGAAGAUGUACAUCCAGACGCGAAUGGCGGAGUACAAGGAGGAGCUGUGGGAGCUGCUCAAGAAGGACAACACCUACGUCUACAUGUGCGGGCUCAAGGGCAUGGAGAAGGGCAUCGACGACAUCAUGGUCGACCUCGCAGCUAAAGACGGGAUUGACUGGUUUGAUUACAAGAAGCAGCUGAAGAAGGCCGAGCAAUGGAACGUCGAAGUCUACUGAUGGAAUCUUGCUUUUUAAUUCCUCUGUCUUCAAUUCUUCAUGCAUGUUGUAUCUAGUAGUCUAUUGAGAUGCAUCAUCAUCAGCAAUAUGCAUGCUCAGCUCAAAUCAAACCAAUCAAAUCGUUGGCUCGUCCCAUCGAUCCAUGUACGUACUUAAAAGGCCCAUCAUUUUACGGAUAUCGAUCGAUCGAGAUGGAUUUCUUUUUC